AUGGCAUCAAAUAUUCCUUUGAGCGCCCUAGAACGGAAUCAGCGCGCAAAUGUGCGAGAACUCACACGCAUCGUUGCCACUCUACAUGAAGCCUCCACCAAGUCGUUGGCAAAAUGGACAGCCCUGCGCAGCACCCUCGAGGAGGUCAAAGCAGCUUACAUUUCAACACAGAUGGGCAUUUUUCAGUGGAACGCUGGGAAUGAUGCUAAGUUGGCACUAUACGAAAAGGAAUAUGCAGACAACCUUGAUCAUAUAUCUGAAGCAAUGCUAUUUGUCAGGGAGAAAGUUGCGGAACUAUCUCUCACAGGGGAUGCGGCAAAGUCUGUGCAACAUGUGAAAAUCACAGACGACAACUACCAGCAACUGUGGGAUAGUCUGCAAGAUCAAUACGGAAAAAAGUCCCAUAUUGUCAAUGAAUGCAUUGAGAAGUUUUUGGCUCAGCCCAAGAUGAAGGAGGGCUCCUUGCAGGCGCUCAAGGACCUCACCGUCAACAGCAAACGGAUCAUCUGGGAGCUGAAAAAUAUGGGAAAUGAGUACUACAAUCUUGAUUCAUGGCUCAUCUACUUGAUGAAAAACCUCAUGGAUGAGGAUACUCGAAAAUCUUGGGAAGAGAAGCGAGUUGACAGCGACUUGGCUUCCAUUGAUGACUGGUUCGCUUUCCUGGACAAGAGGAUCGACGCUAUGGAGCUUUGGGCACCCAAAGGCACAAUCUCGAGUGGCAAACAAGAGAAGAAACCGCAGCCCAAAGGCACUGUGAAGUCGCACCACACUGAAACCUUGAAGUGCCCCAAGUGUUCUUCAUCUCAUCAGCUGUUUCAAUGCGAUGCCUUCAAAGCCAUGACUCUUCCAGACAAGCGCCGAUUUGCAUUCGCUCAGAAAGUGUGCUACAAUUGUCUGAGGACAAACCACAUUUCUGAAAAGUGUCCAUCAAAGUCGACGUGCCGUGAAUGCAAUCAGAAACACCACACAAUGUUGCAUCCCAGUGAUGCUCCCAAACCACAGACGCCUCCUGCACAGCCUGCGGAGGCACCCGUGCCUGCCUCCAGCAUCACUUCCCACCACAUGUCAGCCAAGAACCGUGUUCUACUCCCAACGGCAUUGGUGAAAGUAGCGGACAAGCAUGGCAAUCAGCAGGAAUGUCGCAUUCUCGUCGACACUGGGGGAGAAUGCACAUUCAUUUCCGAAGCAUGCGCUCAGCGACUUGGUCUCCCUCGGCGCAACGGCCGACUUGGUGUGAAUGGCCCCGGGGAAGUCACCGUCGCACACACAAAAGGAUUGGUCAGUCUUGUUCUCUCCUCCAUACAUGAUCCCGGGGAGCACAUUCAAGCGGAUGCUUAUGUGCUCUCCAAGCUCACGUCUAUGUUCCCUGGCGAAAAGAUUGUUGAGCCAAAAUCGUGGCAACAUUUGAAAACGCUCCAGCUAGCCGAUCCCACUUUCGGCACUCCUGGUACGAUCGACAUCAUUCUGGGAGGUGACUAUGCGCUGGCGAUCAAUUUGCCACAAAUUCUACACAGCGAGACUGGCGUUCCAGUGGCUCAAUUGACUAUUUUUGGAUGGAUUUUGGGCGGCAAGAUCGGAGGUCAAGCUGCGAAAGUCACGUCGUUCCAUACUUCGGUCAAUCUUGACGCCGCAUUGACUCGCUUUUGGGAACACGAGGAUGUGCCCCACCCGAAAGCAAAAUUCCUCUCGGAAGAGGAACAAUUCGUGGAAAAACAUUUUGUGGAAAAUGUCAAGAGGUUGGAUUCUGGUCGUUACGAAGUCCAUCUUCCUUUCAAGCCCAACCACCCGGACUUGGGCAACUCGAAAGCAGCAGCUCUCCAGCGACUGCGAGUGAUGGAGAAAAAGUUCACGAGGGAGCCCAUCUUUCAACAGAGCUACGUAGACUUUAUGAAAGAAUACUUGGAGAUGGGUCAUAUGGAGCUUGUGGCGGCGGAGGAAUGUUUUGAGAACGCCAAAUCAUACUUCAUUCCUCAUAUGGCCGUCCUCAGGCCCUCCAGCACCACCACGAAGCUGCGAGUCGUGUUCGAUGCGUCGGCGCGCACGAAGCCGACAAACGUCUCCCUGAACGACAUCCUUGCGAUCGGGCCAACCAUCCAACAGGAUUUGGUAUCCACUCUUCUCAAAUUUCGGACCUACCGGUACGCAUUCGCAGCAGAUAUUGAGAAGAUGUACCGGCAGGUGAGUGUAGCACUCCCAGACAGAGACUACCAGCUGAUCCUCUGGCGUGAUAGCAUCCAGGAGGCCAUCAGAACGUACCGUCUCACAACUGUUACAUACGGCACAGCCUGUGCGCCGUAUCUUGCAACUCGAGUCCUCCAACAGAUUGCGUUGGACAAUGAAAAGGACUUUCCGGAGGCAUCUCAUGCAAUCCAGAUGGGGUUCUAUAUGGAUGACCUUCUCUACGGGGCUGAUACAGUGGAGUCAGCGAUGCAGUUGAUGCACGAUAUUCAUGCCAUCCUAGCCCGCAGCGGGUUUCGUCUUCGAAAAUGGUCAUCGAAUUCAUCGGCAGUACUCAACGAAAUCCCUCCAGAAGACUUGGCAGUUUCCCCAGCGGAUGUAGACAACUGCUCCAAGUCAAUAUCAACCCUCGGUCUACAAUGGUCACCCGGCAGUGACACUCUUGCUCUGACAAUUGAGAAAAUUCCACCGGUCACAACAAAACGAGAGCUUUGUUCAGCAGUGGCGAAGAUUUUCGAUCCGCUAGGGAUCAUCUCUCCCGUCACUUCCGCAAUGAAAAUGAUCUUCCAACAGUUGUGGCUCUGCGAUGCGGACUGGAAUGACUCUUUGCCAAACGCAAUCAUUGAUGAAUUCAACUUCUUCAGGGACGAGAUCGAGUGUCUCACUGAAGUCAAGUUGCCUCGUUUCAUUCCACAUGGAGAUGUGAUGGAACUCCACGGUUUUUCAGACGCGUCGGAGAAGGGAAUUGGAGCCGUCAUUUACGUCCGAGGAUGCAAUCAAGACGAUGAGACCACAGUUCGACUCUUGAUUGCCAAAGCUCGCGUAGCACCUCUGAAACCCACAUCUAUCCCGCGCCUGGAACUUUGUGCGGCCCUCCUUCUUGCAAAGCUGUUUGAGAAAGUCAAGGAGGUGUUCUCAUCCCGAUCAAUCGCAGUCACUGCUUGGUCGGACUCAGCAGUUGUUCUCCACUGGCUUCAUCAUCAUCCCAGCAGGUGGAAGACCUACGUGGCGAAUCGCUGUGCUGAAAUUCUCGACAUUGUUCCUGCAGCUCAAUGGAGACACAUCGCAUCCGCCGAUAAUCCAGCAGACUGCAUCUCUCGAGGCUUGACACCAAAGGAGCUCAAUCAGCAUCAUCUAUGGUGGACAGGGCCACCCUGGCUCGUGCAAGACAGUGAACAGUGGCCUCCAAGUCUCAUUGAUCUGCCAAGUUCUCUUCAAACUGGUGAGGAGAAGCCACCCAAAGUCACGUCGCAUCUGGCGACACCACCGAAAACACUUGAGCUCUUCCACAAGUACUCUAGUGUCUCUACAUUGAUACGCAUUGUCGCUUACGUUCUCCGCUGGAAACGCAAGUAUCAGGGUGAGCAAUUGAAAGGACAACUUUCAGUUCAGGAACUUGACAAUGCACGUCACUGUCUCAUCAAGAUUGUCCAAAGCGAGGGCUUUCCGGACGAACUGAAGCAUCUGCAGAAGGGUCAGCAGAUGAAGAGUGGCAGCAAGCUCCGCUCUCUGGUGCCAUUUCUCGACAGCGAAGGAAUUAUCCGAGUCACGGGCAGAAUUCAGAACUCUGAGUUGGGACCUGAAACGCGACAUCCUAUUCUGCUUCCCGGAAAACAUCCUUUCACCCUGAAGCUCAUCGAGAAUGUGCAUCUCUCUCAUCUACAUUCAGGCCAAACACUGACUCAGAGCAUCCUCAGGGCACGGUAUUGGAUCAUCGGUGAACGUACCAGUGUCAAGUCAGUGAUUCACAAGUGCAUCCCUUGCUUCAAGGCGAAGCCAAAACCGGAAACUCCUAUGAUGGGAAAUCUACCAAAAGUGAGAGUCACCGCAGACGAAGUAUUCAACAAUGUGGGGAUUGAUUACGCAGGUCCCAUUCGUCUGCGAUCCAGCAACUUGCGAAAGGCUCCAACUCUGAAAGGUUACAUCUGCCUCUUCAUCUGUAUGGCAACCAAAGCCAUUCAUCUGGAAGCCGUGUCGGAUAUGUCAACAGAAGCAUUCAAGGCGGCCUUGGCCCGCUUCACUGGUCGACGUGGACACCCGGCUCCAGAUGACUUCGAAGCUCUGACUCCAGGGCACUUCAUUGCGCUGAGGCCGUUGACACAGCCUCCUUCACCAAAUUACCUCAACACCAAUCCCAACCGGCUGACCCGAUGGAAGUACCUACAGAGACUCUCUCAGGAGUAUUGGAAAAGGUGGCAUAGUGAGUAUGUCACUUCUCUUCAACAACGACCGAAGUGGCAGAUCUCCCAGAGGAAUCUUCAGCCCGGUGACCUGGUGUUGGUCAAAACUGACAAUCUAUCCAGUGGCGAUUGGGAACUAGGAAGAAUUGUUGAGGUACAUGUGGGUUCUCAAGGAGCAGUUAGAGCGGCCACCGUCAACAUCAAGGGCAGCAUCUCAUGUCGGGCUGUCAACAAAAUGGCAAAACUCCCUAUGGAUUCAAACCCGGAAAUGGAUUCUUGA